AUGGAAGCCUCGCUAGAAUCGCUAGAAGCUUGUCUACGUAGUUAUCUACUACAGAGUACUGUACUGUACAUAUGUACUUUUAGUACUGUAUUACUGACUGAGUUAUACUAUACGCAGCUACAAAGAAUGUACGCAGUAGCUAAGUUAGGUAUAUUAUACGUAGAUACUUAUAGUAUACAAGAGAGGGCGGAAAUUUCCGCCCCCGUCUUACGCAACUUCUCUAACUUAACCAACCUCCUCCAUGAUCCAUUAUCCAUCUCUUCGGCCCCCGAAACCGAACCGAAACCGAACGUUAUAUAA